AUGACGCCAGCCACGCCCAGGGCGCGCUGUCCACCUGAAGGAAUUCAGCUUUACAUACGUAUUAGCAUGGUCGGAGAGGGGACCUAUGGCAAGGUAUACAAGGCGCGGAAUCGGGAAACAGGCCAGGUCGUGGCCCUCAAGCGCAUGCGCAUCGACUUGGACCGCGAGGGCUUCCCCAUCACCGCCAUGCGCGAGAUCCGCCUGCUGAAGCAACUCCAGCACCCGAACAUUACGCAGGUGCUUGACGUGGUGCCAGAGUCUGGCAAUGCAGUGUACGUGGUCAUGGAGUACAUGGACUAUGACCUGUCUGGACUGAUCAGCCACCCGCAGUGGAACCCCGACCCGGCGCACAAAAAGUCACUUGUGCACCAGCUGCUCAAUGGCCUGGAGUUUAUGCACGCGCACGGUAUCCUACACCGCGACAUCAAGGGCUCAAACCUGCUUGUCAACCAGCAAGGCCAGGUCAAGUACGUUGACUUUGGCCUUGCCCGCUCCUUCCACCACACGCGCAUGCAAGAGUUCACCAACCGCGUAAUCACCCUGUGGUAUCGACCGCCAGAGCUGCUGCUGGGUACUACUGUCUACGGCCCCGAGGUUGACAUAUGGUCUCUUGGCUGCGUACUCCUGGAGUUAUAUUUGAAGCGCCCGGCGUUCCAAGGUCAGAAUGACAUUGACCAGCUUGAGCAGAUCUUCAAGCUGCUGGGCACGCCUUCGCCAGAGGUCUGGGAGUCGUUCAAAAAGCUGCCGUGGGCCUGCUAUAUGACGCCGAGCACACGCUACGAGAACGGCCUGCAGGCGGCGCUCACCUCCAAGAUGUCCUUGGGCGCGGUGGAGCUGAUCAGCUUGAUGUUGUCACUUGACCCGAAAGCCCGCCCGUCCGCUGCGCAGUGCCUCGGCCACCGCUUCUUCGCAGAGGAGCCGGCACCUGUUCCGCCAACGACAUUCCCAGUCACCGGCGAUUGGCAUGAAUACGAGUCCAAGAUUGAGCGCCGCAAGCGCAAGCAGGCGGCAAAGAGCCAGCACCAGCGACGCAGCAGCGGCACUAUCAAUUAA